AUGAAGAUUCUUCUCCUCCUAUUCCUUGCCUCCUGGGCGAUUGCUCAUCCUACAGGAGAGAAUCAUCGUGACAAACGACAGGCGGCUCGAUUGUCAACGAAAUGGACUAAUGGACAAGUCAAUUACUACUUUGGAGGAACGCCGUUUCGCGAUCGGAGACCAAUGAUUUUGAAUCAGAUGAACUACAUCCAAAAUCGGACAUGUAUCAAGUUUGUGGAGAAUAAGGACGCGUAUCAAAGAAUUAAAAUCGAUUUAAACGAGUGA